AUGCUUGAGCUCAUUAAGAUCAUGACUAAAUAUCUCCAGUAUGGUCAGGCAGACCUUGGCGCAGUUGCGGCCCUCGGUGGAGAGGACUUGUUCAUUAGUGGUGGUAUCUUUUUUAGUUUCAGUCAAAGGACCAAACUUCAUCCCGGAGUAUUUGUUCACGUACGCGUGUCCGAGUUGCUGGGUGAAUUUGUCCAUGCCGGCCUUGAGGGCGUCGAGGAGCAGGGGGUUGUGGAAGCCGUGGAUGUUGGAGGGGGAGAGGGCGGAGAUGGAAGAGGAGAGUUGUUUAAGAAGUGUAGUGGAUAA